GCUUUGUGGGAAUCGUAGUACUGAAGCCGACAGGUCGAUGAAAAAGCCGCGCACCCGACAUCCUCCGCGGGCAGCGACUUCCUCUUUCGGUUGCUAGGUGACGGCCAAGGCGGCAAGCUCAUCUCGGGUUGAGCGGGAAGAAGGGCUUUAGGCCCCGGGGAAGGGGCGCCAGAGGUCACUGAAUCCGGGGCCGCUCUCCAGGCGCAAAAUCCCGAGGGACUGCUGCAGAGGAGUAUUCCUUGGGGUUCACUGUCAGGUAAGUGUUGUAGCGGUGUAAUCCUACGCAGGCUUACUUCCUGGUAAUGGGGUCGCAGCCUAAGCUUGUCAGUGUCAUCGUAGAGCUGGAAGGGACCCUGAGGAGGAGCUGCUAAAAUGCUGAGCCGUGAACAGCUAGAGGCAGAGAAAACACACCUAUACACAGUGUUUUUUUCCCCCUGGGGGACGGGACGCAUAUCCCUAAACCAGCCUUUCUCAACCUGUGGGUCCCCAGAUGUUGUUGAACUACAACUCCCAUCACCCCUAGCUAGCAAGGCCAGAGCUCAAGGAUGAUGGGAGUUGUAGUCCAACAACAUCUGGGGACCCGGCCUAAACAUUUUGUGACUCUCUGUACUUUUGUCCAUUUACUGUACUUAUUUUCCCCGAUUUGAACUAGAAAAUGGUGAUUUUCUUGAGUCUAGUGAGAGUACAGUGGUACCUCAGGUUAAGUACUUAAUUCGUUCUGGAGGUCUGUUCUUAACCUGAAGCACCACUUUAGCUAAUGGGGCCUCCCGCUGCCGCUGCACCGCUGCUGCACAAUUUCUGUUCUCAUCCUGAAGCAAAGUUCUUAACCCGAGGUACUAUUUCUGGGUUAGCAGAGUCCGUAACCUGAAGCAUAUGUAACCUGAGGUACCACUGUACCCCUAAACAUUUAUUUAGAAAUAAAAGCACUGCCUAUAUAGUUGGAGAAAGUAACAGGCAUGGAGAUUUCAGUGGUGGAAGAAGCUUCCUCUGCUAAGGUUUGGCUUCUAUCAGUCCUAUUAAGGGGACAUGAGCUGGGCCCUGCCGGGGGGAAGAAAGGAAAGGCUGUGUGUGGUGGAACUGGCAACCUAAUCUGUUUGUGUUUGUGUAGUAAAUGAAGCCAGCUCUCUUCCCUUCAGCUGUGGCUGCUAGAUUUUCCUGUGUGCAGGGAAUAUGGUUUUCAGUAAUGCAGGCCCCGUUACCUGUGAAUUCUAGUUUAGGUUGGAGAUUAUCCCGGAAUUAACUCCCGCAGAGCAGAAGAGAUUGCGCUGUGCAUUGAAAGACGCCAUCCCAGAGCUUUAUUCAUUUCUAGACUUGCUUGUGUGGGAUUUUUUUGGUAUGAUUCUCAAAACUUAACACGUUUAGUUUAGGCCAUUUCACACGUUACCUGGCAACAGACCUAGGUUUGUCCCUGUGCAUGUACUUUCAAGAGAGAGCUUCAGCUGGUUCUGAUGUGUACUUAUUUGCAUUUGCAAACAAGCUUACAAGCUUGUUGCAUUCAUAUGUUGUUGUUUUUUUAAGCAUAUCCUUAAAGAUGUGACAUGUAAAGUGGUCCCACCUAGGUUGCGUUUUUUGCAGUGCUUUGAUAAACACAUUGAAAACAUUUGGUUAUUACCUGAAUAUUGCUCCAGGCUAUAAUCUGCAGGACCUCUCUAUUUUUAAACCAGUGUUUGGAAUGUGUUAACUUUGCUUUGGAGCCUCUCGCUCAUCAGCAGCUUUUACACUUGUAGUUAUGGGUCUGUGACUAGCUGGAAGCUUUCUGCUUUAAGACCCCUGUGGCUUCUGGCUUUAUGUGACUUUUGUUGAUGCUGAACUUUCUGUACCUCAGAUUUGCCUUGGGUUGUGGGAUCAUAAAAAAAAAUCCAGCAAUUUACAUGAAUUGUAAAUUGGCUCUGAUCAGGUUUUGAGUUGGAAGUGAGCGACUGACACAGCUCCAAAACUUUGAAAUGACUUGUAAGGCUUUGUUAAAAUUAUGGGAAACCCCUGCUUUCUCUUAAAAAAGAUCUAGAUUUCUACCUCUCCAGGUUGCAGAAGUGUGAAUCUGUGGCUGGUGAAACCUGUAAUGAAAUGAGUUUUGUUUUUCAAGCCCCAAACAAGUUGGUCGCCAUCCAUGGCCUAGAUCAAAGCACUUACUGCAUCCUAGGUAAUUGCAUGGCAUAGAGCUGUAAAUUGUGAUGAACUUUUGGCUAAUCAUGAAAUGCUAUGCUGAAAAAGAGGGUAGUUGCCAAGUUGCAUGUGCUAUGUGUAAUAAUGAAAUGUGUUUGAGCACAGUGCAUCAGCUAUCUUUCUUCUGUGAUGUUAGCUGAGCAAUUAGUUGGGUCCCGACUCAGCUACACAGCUACAAAUAAAACGCUUUAAAUGUGUUAUAAAGUGCAAUAUACAAAUGUGACACUAGAUGGCGACAGCAAGCUAUGCAAAAUUCAAUGUAUUUUUCGAAACGUUUUAAAAUAAAGUAUUUUCACAACAUUUUUAAUAUGUAUGUAGAUUCUACCUAAGAGUGAAAAUUCUUAUGACAAAUGUAGGAGCGGUUGUCUGUUCAUUGAAGGUGUUUUCUUCCUUGCACCUUAAUAGCUCAACUACCUCUGCCUGUUUCUUUGGCAAUCUUACAGGUUAACUAUAUUCAUGCUUAUCUGAAGUCAUGUCACACUGAUUUCAAUGGGAGUUACCCUCAAGUAAGAGUGUGUUAGAUUGCAGUCUUCAAGAAUUGUUCUUUUCUAAUACAGUGGUACCUCAGGUCAAGUAUUUAAUUCGUUCCGGAGGUCUGUUCUUAACCUGAAACUGUUCUUAACCUGAAGCACCACUUUAGCUAAUGGGGCCUCCUGCUGCCACUGCGCCGCCGGAGCACGAUUUCUGUUCUCAUCCUGAAGCAAAGUUCUUAACCUGAAGCACUAGUUCUGGGUUAGCGGAGUCUGUAACCUGAAGCGUAUGUAACCUGAGGUACCACUGUAAUAGUUCAUGUUGGAAGCAAAGCACCACUACUUAUAACCAGUAAUCUGAACCUGGGGUGGGCAGGUAAUAGACAGAGGAAACAUUAUUCCCUUUCAUAGUCCUUCAUAAGUUACCACUGGUAACUUAAGUUACCCCCCCCCCUUCAGAAUUUACUUUCUUUCUUCUCCUCCAGUUAGUUAACUUUAUGACUUCAUAAUGGUCACAUGUAUGUUUGUACUCAUAAGGUUUAUUACUCCUGGGAACACAAAACCAUUAUGUGUAUGCCUUUAUUCUGUCAUACUCUUCUGGUAAGGGGUUAUUGGUUUGUUUUUGUUUUAUUAUGCAUUUUGUGUUCUCACUUUGUAUUUUUAUGUUGUAAAUCACUCUGUGAUCUUUGGAUGAAGGGUGGUAUACAAAUAUUAUACACACACAAGCACACAGUGGAACCUCGGUUUUCAAAUGCUUCGGAAGCCGAACAAUUCGGAAGCCGAAUGCAGACAACCAGGAAGUGAAUGCUUCCAUUUUUGAACGAUUUUCGGAAGCCAAACAGCUUCUGAGGCACAUUUUUCAUUUUAUUCCAUUGACUUUGCAGCAAGUGCAUUGAUUCUCGGUUUCCGAACUUUUCGGAAGUCGAACAGUCUUCCGGAACAGAUUAAGUUCAAAAAUAUAUAUGUAACAAUAGUAGUACUCAUUUCUGCAAUCAGCUGUUAUAAGUACUAAACUGCAGUUGCUCAUUCAGUGUUGCUUCCAAAUAAGUUGCCACUUGGAAAUUCAGUCAUAGUUCUGAGCAUCUGGCAUUUUUAGAGCUCAUGAAGAUGGAGCUGAGGUUAGGAGCAAACAUUUUUGUCCUUUCAACCACAAUUAAUUGGUUGCGGCUAGUUUAGAAAUACAGGUGACACUCAAUUUACAUUGGGGUUACGUUAUGGGGAUAGCGCAUAACCAUGUAACUUUUUGGCAAAUGGGAAGUAUUGUUCCUUUUCAAGCUUAGUGGGAUGCUGCAAAUGACUGAAAUCCUGCAAUCUUUCUCACCUGGAAGUAAACCCCAUUGAGUUCAACGGAAUUUACUUCUAGGCAGACAAGGUUAGGAUUGUAUCAUUACAGUGGUAUGUGUAGCCCAAUGGAUUAGCAACCUUUAUGGCCUUAUUUGCAACAUUGGGCCAAGGCAUACUUGCCAGGUGCAGCAGUCUCCCAUUACUAACAGGGAGUAAUACAUAUUUAUUAGAAAGGUGGAGUGUAAGUCUAUAAUAUGUGGCUAGUUUAGCUAUUCCUAGGGCUUAUAGUUUCUGAGGCUGUAGAGCGUGGCUGUUGUAUCUGUUAAUGGACCUCUUUGCACUAGUAUACAGAUCUCUCUGGUUUUAUUUGGAAAUCAUAAUCCUACCUUCCUUCUCUGACGCUUUCUGGCAAAGUGAAAGCAAUGCAACCUGGCUUGUCAGCAGAGUGAGCCAGCUGUGGCCUCACCUGCAGACGCAGGGAGUGUCCUGGGAGCCAGUGCAAGAGAGAACUGAUGGGGUGUGUCCCUGCCCAUUCCUGUGUAAUAGGAUAGGUUGGGCCCUAUGGUGAGAGUAUGAAUUGCACAUCCGUAUGUUCUCAUCUCUUUAGAGGAAUGUCCUGAUCUCUCUGGAAGGCCCUUGGAGAGGCUGCUAUUCGUGUCCCUUAAUGUCUCAGUGACCAGGGUGGUGUACUUAGUUAUUUCUGCAUUUAGCCCUUUCUUUACCUGUCCCCCUCCAAUGGUUAAUAUAUUUUCUCUUUCCUAGCAGUCCUUCACUAUGCUCUGGGUUUGUCCUCCCCUGAUCUUCUGCAGGAGACAUAGAAAAUUCAGUGGCACUUGUUUUAUUCCACGCAAGGCAAGGGCCCUUUGUGUUUGUGCUCACAGAAUUAUAAUCUUAGGACCCGUAGCUUCUAGAAACCUUAACAACGGAAAGAAAUAAUAUUCAGCUUCCUUGUUCUAAUGCCAAUGAUGUUUCUGAUUUGUACUAAAAUCUAGUAAGUUAAUUAGUAGAGGACUAUAAACCACAGAACCUAGGGCUUGCCAAUCAGAAGGUCGGUGGUUUGAAUCCCUAUGAUGGGGUGAGCUCCCGUUGUUUGGUCCCUGCUCCUGCCAACCUAGCAGUUCGAAAGCACGAUAAAGUGCAAAUAGUUAGAUAUGUACUGCUCUGGCGGGAAGGUAAACAGUGUUUCCGUGCGCUGCUCUGAUUCACCAGAAGCGGCUUAGUCAUGCUGGCCACAUGACCCAGAAGCUGUAUGCCAGCUCCCUUGGCCAGUAAAGCGAGAUGAGCGCUGCAACCCCAGAGUCGUCUGCAACUGGACCUAACGGUCAAGGGUCCCUUUACCUUUACCUAUAUAUGAAGCACUUUUCUUUUACCCCCUCCCUAAUCUUAUAGGGUUAAUAGGUUCAUUUUAAUUUUUAGCCAGAAGGCCAUAACACGUUUUUGUUUUUUUUUACAUAAGAAACAAAAUACUUAAAUGCACAUAUUACAAUAAUUGUGUGGUUCAGAAGCUAGGUUGCAUAGCCAACCUGAUCUAACUAUGGAAAUGAUUGGGAUAGUAAUAUACUGUGUCUGAGUUUUUAAAAAAGUAUCACUAAUCUUUGGUGUAACUGUUGUGAACUACAUAACUUUGGAUGGUAUAAGAAUGCAUGUAAUUUUGGGGAUCUGGUAAAGAGGAAUAUGAAGAAAUUUUUUUGUCAAAAAAGCAGAGCUGUCACAUACUAAUGUGGAGGACUUUCAACCACAAAUCGUAGAUACUGAAUUUGAUCCUUUUGAGGAAAGGACUGUGUUUAUAAUGGUCUCCCUGACCAACUGAAACGUGGACCUUUUUUAUUAACUUGAGUGGAGCUUGACUUGCAUUAGUAGCCCCUGGUGUAUGUAGCAGCUACAGUAAUUGCACAAGGGGAAGGGGGAAAAGAAAACAGUAACAGAAAAUGCUGGGAUUCUUUUCUUUCAUCCCGUAAAUGCUGACAACUGGGACUUCUGAUGCCAAAAAACGGGACAAGCCAGAAAACAGGCAAGAACAUCUACAUUCAGUGAAGACCUAUUCAAGCCUGAGCAGGUGCCAUAAAGUAAGCCACAAGCAAUUUAUUUAAUCCAUCUGGGUUGAAGAUUUUCUCUUCCUUUGUGCCACCCUAUUAAAAUGCAAAGCCAGCCUGCUUUACGUGCCAACCCACAGUGGCAUUCUUUAAACCUGCCAACCUAAAGAUGCCAGUUUGAAACCAAGCGAAGGAACAUUGACGCAGCCUUAACCCUUUUUGCCAGCACGUGACGAGGCUCCCAAGCUUGCAGUUCGGAGAUGCACUGCUCACAGCCCCAGGACCUGUGUGAGAAUAAUCAAUAUCUCCUGCCAUAUCUGUAGGUAAUGUGAAGUAGGAUCUUGAUUUGCCAAGGUGGAAAAGCAGGAUGGGUGGUGUGCUGGAGAAGGAAGGGAAGUUGACAUCUCCAGCUAAUGAAGCAACCUGCAUACCAUUGCAGAGAUGGCGAAGUUCUGUGCUAACUCUCAGUGCUAGACAGGUGUCUCGUAGCUGUCUGCUUAAAUUAUCACUGCUUGGUUAAAUUAUGAAUUAUGCACGUCCAUGUUUCGUCAAGUGCUGUGGUGUCAAAUAUUCAAGGAAGAAUCUCUGUGCUUGCUGGGGGUAUUGCAAGAAGAGGAUUAUCUUUGGGGCCAGGGAAGACUUUUUGAGCAGCAGCAUGGAUUAAGAUAUUUAAAUCUUUGCUUCUGUUUUAAGGCUUUGCUGCUUCCACUCCAGACCUUAUUUGAGAUUUGUGGCAGAUGAGUGGCCUAUUUUGAGGCAUACAAAACACUCAUCUGAUCUGUCUUUUUGGCACCGAAAGACCAUGGAAAUCCACUCAAGUGCAUGUUUACUGUGCUUAGCAGUUUAAAGAGGGGCCUGCUGCUGUUCUUUAAUUUUCUUUGCCACACACAAAAAAGUGAACGGGAUUGUUGCAAACUGGACCUGGUGAUUGCCUGGAAGUGGAGCUGAUUAUGUCCUUGUGUCCUUGCCUGGUUUCCCAUUUACCCCUCUAGUGCUGCAUCAAGGCUCUGCAAAUAGCAUGGUUUAGCACUAAACUGGAAUGGUGGCAGAAAUUCUGAGAAAAAUAAUGGUGGGGGUGUUUUUGCAUAGUGAUCUCAGAGGAAUCUUUAGUUUGUGUGUGUGUGUGUGUGUCACUCCUGCUGUUCCCUAGUCUACAGUUUAAAAUAGAACAGCAGAAUUUCCAUUUGAUCCUGUUGAAUCAACAUAUCUGGCACCUAUCAGGACCACAUAACACCAGUCCUGAGAGAUCUGCAUUGGCUCCUAGUACGUUUCCGAGCACAAUUCAAGGUGUUGGUGCUGACCUUUAAAGCCCUAAAGGGCCUCAGUCCUGUAUACCUGAAGGAGCAUCUCCACCCCCAUCAUUCAGCCUGGACACUGAGAUCCAGCGCCGAGGGCCUUUUGGCAGUUCCCUCAUUGUGAGAAGUGAGGUUACAGGGAACCAGACAGAGGGCCUUCUCGAUAGUGGCGCCCGCCCUGUGGAACGCCCCCCCCCAUCAGAUGUCAAGGAAAUAAGUAGCUAUCUUAUUUUUAAAAGACAUCUGAAGGCAGCCCUGUUUAGGGAAGUUUUUAAUAUUUAAUGCUGUAUUGUUUUUAACACUCGAUUGGGAGCUGCCCAGAGUGGCUGGGGAAACUCAGCCUGAUGGGCGGGGUAUAAAUAAUAAAUUAUUAUUAUUAUUAUUAUUAUUAUUAUUAUUAUUAGUACUGAAAACUCUGCACUGAGAGUUCCCUAAAUUGUGUUGUUCUUGUAUACUGCAAAUGCAUUCUAAAUCCAUUUUUUCUUCUUUCCAUUUAGACUGCUGUCUGUCUCUCAUUGACUCUCUUCACAUGUGCCAUACGAAAGAAUUAGAGAACUAAAUAAUGCACCAGUACAGUUUGAAGAAUGAAUUCUAGCAUUUCUGUACUUUCUCAAAGUGCAUGGUAGUCUAUUGGAAAGCGGUAAUGGAAGCGGUCACUGGAUCACCCUUUCUGUAUGUCAUCUGCUGCUAAUGCAACGUGAAGUUGUUUUAGGAGAUAGUAUUCAUGCUUGCUAAUGGUCUUUGUUCUGCAUUUGCAGCAUUUGGGCUAGAUUGUAGCCACUAAAAAAAAUCAUUAAUGCUUCCUCAAGCAUUAUAAAGAAAUGGGCCUGGCCAGCUGAAUUUCAUGUACAAGUGCAGUGUGGGGGAGAAAUAAAGAGGACAAUCCUUUUGUCCUUUUGCAGGAAGAGAUGUCCAGUUAGAAUGUUGUUUGGCAUGGAAAAAAUACAUUCCAUUCCUUGCCAGUGUUAGGUGCCUAUGCAGGGCUAAAACUGAUAUUUCAAAUUUUCCACUAUAUGUUAUAUGUCCAUUGUGACUCAGGUAAGGGGUCUGGCCCUAAAGUGAACCCCUAUUUUUCUGGCAACACCAUAUUUAGUAUUGUAUUGUUAGCUGUAAUCAUUACAGUCAUACCUUUGGUUGUGAACGCUGCAGGUUGUGCGUUUUCGGGUUACGGACCACGCCAAACAUGGAAGUACUGGAACAGGUUACUUCCAGGUUUCGGAGCUCGUACAUGUGCAGAAGCGCUAAAUCGUGCUUUGCGCAUGCGCAGAAGCACCGAAUCGCAGUGCUGCGGGUUGCGAACGUGCCUCCCACACGGAUCAUGUUCGCAACCCAAGGUUCCACUGUAUUCUGUUUGAUAAGGCAUAGAAGCCCGGGCUUGAAUUGCUUAUGGCAACCCCAGCUGUGGUGUGCACAUUCUCUAACAGUGCAAGCCUAUACAUCCCUUUGACUUCACUGAGGCUUCAUCCCUAAGUGUAGUAACAACAACAACAACAAUUUAUUACCGGUACUUGUGUCCCAUCUAUCUGACUGGGUUGCCCAGUCAUCCUGGGCUGCUUCCAAUGGAAUAUAUAAAAACGCACACAAACCAUGGUGACAUUAAAAGCUUCCCGAUCCAGGACUGCCUUCAGAUGUCUUCGUGUAUGAAUGCAGCCUAAGUAAGGAAUUUCAUUUUCACCAUGCCUUCAAUUCUGCAUUUGCUUCUGGGAACAAAUGUGUAGAGAAGGAUUAUUUUCCCCUAGAGAAGCACCAAAGUCCAGAGGUCUUUCAGUCAGCAUAUACAGUACCUCACAGGUGUACAAGCAGCUUCCUGUUCAUCUGCUGACAUUAGCAUGUCAGAGGCCUUUGUUGUUGUUUUUAAAUAUAUUUUUAUUAAAGAUAUAUUGGUUUACAAAUGUAUGUGCUAUGUCUCUCUUUUCAAGUUACGUUUUCUACAGAUCAGUUUUAUUUGUUGAGACAUUAGUGUUACAUUAGGAAGAAAAAGGGGAAAGAGGUGGAGGGGGGAAUGGUGAGUGGGGUGAUGUAGAGUGGCAAUGCUUCUAUUCUACUUAGUGUAUGUGUGGGGUUUUCUGUCAGCAUCACUUGUGUGGGUUCUCUUUACUAUUCACUUGUAUUCCUUUGGUGGUGAGAGAGGUUGGGGUUGGCCUAGGGCAGGGAUGGCCAACUCCCAAGAGACUGCGAUCUACUCACAGUUAAAAACUGGCAGUGAUAUACCGUAUUUUUCGCCCUAUAGGACACACUUUUUCGCCUCCAAAAAUGAAGCGGAAAUCUGUGUGUGUCCUAUGGGGCGAAUGCAGGCUUUCGCUGAAGCUUGGAGAGCGAGAGGGGUCGGUGCGCAUGUCUAAGCUGCGGAUGUCUGCCCGAAGCGCGGGGCUCCCUGCUUCAGUGCGCCCUGCGCUCUGUGCAGCAGGCUGCUAUCUGCAGCCUAGGGAGCUAGGCUGCGGAUAGCAGCCUGCUGCACGGAGCGCGGGGAGCGCUGAAGCAGAGCGCCCCGCGCUUUGGGCAGACAUCGGGCAGCCCCACAAGCUCGGGGGACAGCAGGGAGGCGCAGCGCCGCCAUCCCGCUGUUCCCCGACCUGGUUUGGAGGCUGGCACUAGGGAGAAGCGCGCUUCUCCCCAGCGCCAGCCCCACAAGCUCGGGGGACAGCGGGGAGGCGGAGCGCCGCCAUCCCGCUGUUCUCCAACCUGGUUUGGAUUCCCCAACCUGGUUUUGGGGGGGAAAGAAAGGAAAAAAUUUUUUCCUUUAUUUCCCCCCAAAAAACUAUGUGCAUCCUAUGGGCCGGUGCGUCCUAUGGGACGAAAAAUACGGUACCCCCUUUUGGGGGGUUCAGGUCAAAGGGAGGAGGAAAGCCCAUUUUUGGGGGGGUGCAGGGCAAGAAUGUUGAGGUUUUUUUUAGGGAAGCCAGAGUUGUUCGGCUUCUUUGUUGGGAGCCACUGAUCUACCAGUGAUCUACCGGUAGAUCACGAUCUACCUGUUGGACUUGCCUGGCCUAGGGAAUGUUUGGUUGUCUUUGUUUGGCCAUAGUGAAAUUUGUUUUCAUGUGUCUGCUGGGAAGCCCCAUUUUCCUCCUUCUCAGUACUGUGUUGGGGCAAGGUGUGGCUUUAAAGGCACAGGCCAGUGCAACAAAUGAGGACUCAGGAUUGGCACAGUCAGCACAGUUCUAUCCUCCAGGCAGAAGGGCUCAGGGGAAUGGACUGUCCCCACCUGCCCCUAGGGCCACAGAUUGCCAUUGGUGAGAUCUGACGUGUUGGCUGCAAGUAGCAGCCUGUUAAGUUGUCACAAUAGUUAGCAAAACAGGCUGUCUUGGUAACCAUUUCAGGCUGGCGGUUCUGCUAUGAACGGAUUUUCACUGUUCUGUGUUUGAAUGAUCGUAUCUGAACUAUCCUCCCAGCAUUUACUGCAGCUGUGCCUGAUGUGUUUGCCUAAAUAAGUAAGAACUCGCUUUGGCUACAGCGUUUCUUACAGUGUAACUCCAUUUUACAGGUGGACAACUGAGACCUGCUUUGCUGGGAGAUGCACAAGAAGAUGCUCUAAAAGCACAGAGAUGCUCUCACAGAUUUGUCAAUUGAUGGGUGCACUUAAAGAGUUGAAUUUUCUUUCCUCAUUAUUCUGUCCAAUUUUCAUAGCUCUGAUCUUCCAGUGAUAGUCCUAAAGGCUAUACUAUCCCAUACCAACCAAUCCAGUUGCUUGCUCUGUUUUGCUAUAAUAGGAAUUACUCCACCUUUUGAUCAGAUGUUAGUCGGAGUCAUAACAUUUUAUUCCAGAGCAAUGGAAUUCAUGCUGUUCAUCGUUUCAUAGUAUGGCAGGGUCAGUGAAUGGGGUACUUUCACGGGGGGGAGGGCAAAACAAAAACUGUUGCCUUGGCAACUGCACACUGCGCAAACAAGUGCCAUGGAAAUUUCCUUCCUAGCUGCAGGAAGGAAAGAAUUCAUUUAUGCAAAUAAUUCAUUGCUCUGAACCACAGCUAAGUUGGAAAUUCAUAAUAUCGUGCAGCAGAUUAGCUGCUCUAGAACAUUUCCCAGGUCUGGAUGUUGUCACAAUUUGGAAUUGUUUUGCUUCUGUGUCAGUGGAUUUAUAUAAAGUUCCCUGGGCUGGAUUAACAGAUAGACUACACAUACCAUAGAGUGAGGCCUUAAGUUUGUAUGAAAGAUGAUUUUAUCCCACCUCUGCAGUACAGGGCUCUUCUUUCUUUUUUUAACGUUCCCACAGUUGAGAACGUUGUGGUUGGUUUCUUUGCCAGGCAAACGGUGGCCAAAUUCCUGGCUGUGGAGAAAUGUUAAGGUGGUUGGAGCCUGCAUAGCCCAAGGAGCAGACUGAUGAUGUGCAAUGAGGCAAUUUCAGGUGUUAAACUAGCAGGACAUAAUUUUCUGUUAAUUUAUUGCAUUUAUAUUCUGCCUUUGCUCCAUGAUGGUACUUGAGAUGGCAUAGAUGGGCAGAUGGAAGCAGAGAGUGGCAUGAAUUAGAAGAGGGUGAGACUUUGAAUAUGACUCCUUGACUUUAUCUUUUAAUCUUCCCGAGUUACAUGUUGACAGAGGCAAGGUACAGGGGGUGAGAAAUAGUUUCCAGGUCGACAUGCCAACUUUGUAUUUGAGAGCCAUUGUAAUAGUGAUGAUGAGUAUGAGCUAGAGCUUCUCAGUUCAGCUGUGUGUUUGUCGGGAGCCAUUGAUGAACCACAAUCUCUGAGCCUCUUGUCCCCUAGUUUACCUGCAAUGUGGGAAUAAUAGUGCUGACCUUUAAAUUAUUGUUUAUAAAGAUUACAGUCAUACCUCGGGUUACAGACGCUUCGGGUUGUGCGAUUUCGGGUUUGCACCGCGCCAAACCUGGAAGUACCGGAACGGGUUACUUCUGGGUUUCGGCGCAUGCGUAUGCGCAGAAGCGCUAAAUCACACUUUGCACAUGCGCAGAAGUGCCGAAUCGUGACCCGCGUGUGCGCAGAAGCGGCAAUGCGGGUUGCGAAUGCUGCGCAUUGCGAACGUGCUUCCCGCAUGGAUCACGUUCGCAACCCGAGUGUCCACUGUACUGAGCCAGUGUAUAUGAAGGGCUUUUGAGCACUUAGAAAAAGCAGUGACCUGAGUUCUCUGAGUGCCCCUCCUUAUGUUGGCAAAACUGCAUCUUAAUAUUUUUGCCCCCAUUCUUCAUGCCUUUUUGCCCCUUUCCCCUCCUUCAGCUAAAUUAUGAUUGCCAGAAAUAUCCCAAUAAAAAACAAAAGGGAAGGGUGGAGGAAAAGCCUACGGACAUUUGGAAACAAAAUAAAUUACGUAAAAGAAGUAAAGCCUAUCCCAAAAUGUAUGUAUUUAUUGUUUCUUCUGUUUACAGCACAAACUUUGGGAAACCUUCGAUCAUCCCAUGAGGAAAGCGUGUAGAGACCACAUCCGCAGCCAUCAAAGCUGAACACCUGGGUGUAGAAUAAUGAAUUCCAGGUAUGAGAGCUAGCGGAAGAAAAGGGUUUGACCUGAUGGGUUUCCUUCUGCUAAGAAGUGCCCAGUCUAGGCAGGGCAGGGCCUCACUAACUGGGAUUCCUUGCUUGCCCGCAGUAUGGCUGUUUUCUCCACCCUGGGAAGCCCCUUUUUGGAGCAAUCUUGUUCGCGGAGCCAUUACCACCCUUCCCAGGCACACCCACUGAGGCAGGAGCAGCGAUAUACGGUGAGAUGGGGUGGGGGGAGACAAGGUGGGCAAAUAAUGCUGCAGAGUCACUAGCGGGGAAAUCAAAUGGAGCAGAGCUGCUAGCAGGAAGAGUCAAACAGGUCUUUUGGAUCUCUAUUGAACCAGUCCCUUUCAGGAGCUGGAUAAAAAUUCCAUGGUGUUGGCUAUCCAGUGGAACAUGAAUGCUCCACUUUGAGCAUUUCUGUAUUCUUGGGGGUUGAGCUAGGCCUGGAAAGAGCCAAUAAAGUAUAUUGAUUAGAUGCUGGGAGUUCAAAUCCCUUCUCAGCCAUGACGUAGGCCAUUCAUCCUUUCUUAGCUUAGCCUCCCUCGCAGGAUUGAUAGAAUCAUAGAAUCAUAGAGUUGGAAGAGACCACAAGGGCCAUCGAGUCCAACCCCCUGCCAAGCAGGAAACACCAUCAGAGCACUCCUGACAUAUGGUUGUCAAGCCUCUGCUUAAAGACCUCCAAAGAAGGAGACUCCACCACACUCCUUGGCAGCAAAUUCCACUGUCAAACAGCUCUUACUGUCAGGAAGUUCUUCCUAAUGUUUAGGUGGAAUCUUCUUUCUUGUAGUUUGGAUCCAUUGCUCCGUGUCUGCUUCUCUGGAGCAGCAGAAAACAACCUUUCUCCCUCCUCUAUGUGACAUCCUUUUAUAUAUUUGAACAUGGCUAUCAUAUCACCCCUUAACCUCCUCUUCUCCAGGCUAAACAUGCCCAGCUCCCUUAGCCGUUCCUCAUAAGGCAUCGUUUCCAGGCCUUUGACCAUUUUGGUUGCCCUCCUCUGGACACGUUCCAGUUUGUCAGUGUCCAUUGUUGUGAUGGAAAAGGAUGUGGGGGUAGGAAACCACGUUUGAUGCCCUCAGUUUUUUGGAGGAAGGGUAGGAUAAAAAUGUAACGAUUAAACAGUUGUCAAGUGGAGCUACAGGAAGAGGGAGUUAUUUUACAUCUUGGCUUGAACUUUUCUGGAAGGUUUAUGCCAGCCCUUUGGGCCCACCGACUCUGAAAACUCACUGUCCCGCUUUCCCUAGGCUCUGAGCCCGUCUCGUUUACGACACAGGAAUUGCCCCACCUCUCCCAAGAAGGCAGAAACACAAAGUCCUCCAACCCCAGGUUUGCUUCCUGGGUCCAGUUACCAGGAGGUGAAACCCCCAGAGUCAGACUCCACAAGCCCCUUCAAUGAAUCAUGGCCCUCGACUGAGCGCAGUUCUUCCUCUCUGACUCCCGAGGGAGCAAAGGGCCUUCCCUCAGAGCAGAUAACGGGGAUCAAAGCACUGGCUUCGCCAAAGCCCCCAGAAUCUGUUUCAGACAGCGAUUCAGUUAUUGCCAGGUAAGCCUGCUAGCUAAGGGUUUCUUCUCAGGUGGGUGGGCAGAGUAGCAAGAGUUUACUGGACUUGUGUGGGGAUGGGAGUCCUGGGUUCAAAUACUACCUGGAAGAAGAACACAUCUGAUACCCUCAGUCAAGUCUGUUUCUCAAACUUAAUUUGUUCCGGAAGUCUGUUCUAAAACCAAAGCGUUCCAAAACCAAGGGCACUUUCCCAUAGAAAGUAUUGCAAAACGGAUUAAUCGAUUCCAGACUUAUAAAAACAACCCCUAAAACAGCAAUUUAACAUGAAUUUUACUAUCUAACGAGAUCAUUGGUCCAUAAAAUGAAAGCAAUAAUCAAUGUACUAUUCUAUUUAAAACAAAUAAGACAGUACAGUAGAUGAUAAUUUUUUUAAAAAAAUCUUAACCUGCCCUGAUGAUAGUCAUUAUUUGGAUGGGGGGCUUUUAUCCAUUUCCACAGUCACACAAUCAAUCAGUCAAUCAGUCAGUCAAUCAAUCAAUCAAUCAAUCAAUCAGUCAGUAGCUGAACUGGGUUCCACACAGUCACAAAAACAAAUUAACCGAAAAGCCUCCGAAACAAAAAUGCAAAAUAAAUAGCAAAAACAAAAGUGCCAAACUUAAUUUGUUCCGGAAGUCAGUUUGACUUCUGAAAUGUUUGAAAACCAGGGCGCAGCUUCUGAUUGGUGCAAGCACCCCAGAAACAAUAGCCAACAGCAGCAUUGGAUGUUUGGCUUCCGAAAAACAUUCGAAAACCGGAACACUUACGUACCAAGGCGUUUGAGAACCAAGGUACGACUCUACUGAGUCUCUAGUCUAGCUUGGGAGUGAUCACUACAUUGAAGUAAAGUUCUUUGUCCAUGUCUGUGAUGCGGCACCUUUGAUCCUUUGGCAGGUAUAUGGAGCGAUUUCGUUACGGGCAGCCCACAAGCCGCAGGGAGCGCUGGGCACCAAAUGGUCACUCUGCACAGUUCUGGUGGCUUGGCCACUCGUUUCCUCCUGAAUGCAACAUCUCCAAGAAGGAGACAUCGCCAACUUCAGGUACUUGAGUCCAACAAGAAGGGUGCCGAUAUGGGGAACACUUUUAUCAAGGCAGACCAGGAUGAGUGGGCCCUCGGAAAAAUUGGAUUUGUGUUGGAGCAGUACCUGCCCUAGCCAAAAGAGUGGUUGCUAUUGGUAGGAAAAACUUCAGAUUUGAAGACUUGCAGAUUUAGAUAUGGACACACACAAUGGAGCUGUGUCUUUGUCCAGGACUUACCUGUUAAUUCCUAUGAAGUAGAACUUUUUAGCAGUGGCAGGUAGUGCUCACAGGUCACUCCUGUCCUAGCUUUUCCCAUAAGAGAGACAUAUGAGACCAACUUGGGACCAGGUUAUCUGAGAGAAUGCCUUCUACACAGACUCGCCUGGUCAGUAAGAUAAUCUCAGUGGCCCUCCUCAUUGUGCCAUAGUCUGCAGGUGCCCAUCUGGCAUCAACUGGGAAGAGGGCCUAAAAUAAAUAAUAGGAGUGUGCCAGGAUUUUAAAAAUCACAAUAUUUAAAUCUGUCCUCUCCUCUGUAGUUAUCAGAUAACUCUGCAUAUGCUCUAAGGUAUUUUCUUUAAGGUAUCAAAGCAAUCCAAAGUGAGAUGGGGGGGGCUCUGGCGGCCCCCAUUAUUACUUGGGAGUUCUGUGUAAUUUUAGCACCCAUUUCUCACAACCAAGCAACCCAUCCAAAGGCUGGAUUCAUGUUGGCCUUUUUCAGGGUUCUUCACCUAUAAUUUAGAAGAUACCUUAAAGUCAAGCAUAUAGUUUUUCAGGCCUAUGGAUGAAAGGGGAAGGGAAGGAGGGAGGGAGCCUAGAGCCACCCAAGCUUUAAAGAUUAGGCUCUUUGCAAAGAUGUCUGAACUGUGUGAGUCAGAAAUCUGUAAUGAAGGUGUCUCCUUGCAGACAGUAGCCAGAGUGAAGUGAGGCAGUCGCUUUUCAGUCCUGCUCUGGACCAGUCUCCCUCGGUGAGUAAGGAGGUUCUCUCUAGGAAUGGGGAGGUAUCUACGCUGUCCACCAAAAAAGGACAUAAUAUAGUUAUGUUAUCUUUGUGGAUCACUGUUAAUCUCAACCCUCAGGGUUGAGGAAUAUUGUACAGAAUCUAGAGGCAUGGGUUCUAAUCCUUGCUCAGCGAUAAAGCUCAUUGAAUGACCUUCAGCCAGUCAUAUCUUAGAGCCUAGCCUUUUACGCAGGAUUGUUGAGGAUAAUAUGGAAUAACCACACAUGCUGCCCUGGUCUCCUUGAAGAAUAUAAACAUGAUAAAUGGGGAAAUCAUAUGCGUAAAGUUGAUCCUGCUUUGAGGACUGUGCUCUGGGGGGAGAAAAUUGUGAUGUUCACUAUAGCACUUCUCAGCAGGAUGAUUAGUUUUUGGUUUCUCAUUUGGAUCUUUUAUUAAGAACCAAGCGACCUUAAAUUUUCAGAAUUUGCAGGCAGGUGGGAGUCUUGCUUGGUCCUGGUUUGCGGAUUACUUUGACAGAUCAGAAGACCAUUUUCAAUUUCCUCUGUCUCAGUAACUCCCUGCUUAUUAUUGCUGGUGAUUUUUCACCUUAACUGGUGUUCUUCUGCUUCCUGUCCCUACUUUGUCUGCACCAGAGGAUCAAAGUACCUUUGUCCCAUUGGACUGACCAUCUUCUAUUUUUUUGGUCAUGACCUUGCUAACACUAGGCACUCCAUAAGUGCUGCAGCUUCUCCCCUUGCCCUGCUGCCAGAAUCCUGACAUUCAUUUCCUUAUAGAGCAGGCAUGGGGAAUGUGUGACCCCCUGGAUUUUGUUGGACUGCAACUCCCAUUAUCCCUGACCAUUUGCCCCAUGAGCUAGAGCUGUUGGGAGUUGGAGUUCAACAACAUCUGGUGGGCCACAAGUCCCUCAUCCCAGCUAUAGAGUCUCCUAUCUGACCCAUUCCUUUGUAUGCUCUUUUGUAGGGGGACUCACAGGAUUCUUCCACGCUGGACCCUGAGACUGUUAAGCUCCAGGAGAGAGCAGCCAGGCUGUUACACAGAAGGUACUAACCUCCCUUGUAUUUCACUCAUCAUCUAGGUUGCCCUUCCUCAAUGUCUAAUGGGCCUUCCAGCUUCUCUUUCUGUUCUCUCCCCAGCUGCGCCUCAUUCCUAAUAACCUGCCUGUCCUCAUAUGUUUUUCUGCAUGCAGCACAUCCCCGUUGGGCAGCUCCAGGCAUGCAAGCUCUACCCCCACGUCCACCAUCACAAAUGCUGACACAGACAUGACUGGUCGUGCUCCACAUCACCUUGGUCUUGGCGAGCUGCAAGGUAAGACAUGAGAUCCAGGACCUUGCCUCUUAAGGGAGUGUUUUUCAACCUGGGGUCUCCACAUGUUGCUGGACCCCAAUCUCAACAGCCCCAGCCAGCUUAGCCACUGGUAAGGGGUGAUUGGAGUUGUAGUCCCAGCACCUGAAGCCCAAGGUUGAAGAACUCUGUCUUGAAGGAAUGCCAGUGUUGUGGACAAUGACAGAAAGUGAGUGUUGUUGGGGGGGGGGGAGUGAGGAAAAGAAAGUCGGCUGGACUAGUAACUGGCUGAGUGCAAGUCUGAUUGCCUCCUAAACAGUGUGGAUGUUCUUAUUUGGCAAUUUAUGAAGAAUGAUGGCUGCUUUAGUACAAAUCUUUAGACUGCCCUAUCUUUCAGUGCAUCACUCAAAUGCAGAAUUUGGUAAGGGGCAUCCCAGUAAUCUCCCCUUUCAUUUACAAACAAACAAAUUGCUAACCCUUCAGGCAAUCCUUGGUAACUUUCAAAAGGCCAGAGGGGUUGCUGAGCAGGAUCUCGCAUGGACAGGGUAACAGCAGCUGAAUAAACUGGGCAAAACAGCAACUGUACAAAUUUGUAUUGCUAAAUUUCUAGAGGUCACAGAAUUACUGGUAUAGAAUUUGUGUUGUCUUGAUAUUAAAUCGAUUCUUGUUCAAAAGCACACAUGCCUUAUCAUAUGCUGGUUGAGUUGAAUGGGCUCUUUUGGACUCCAGGUCCCGUCAUCCCUAGCUAGCAUAGCCAGUGGUGAGGUAUGAUGGGAACUGUAGUCUAACAACAUCUGUGGAGCCAUGGGUUCCUCCUGCCUGCUGUAAAAGAUCCAGUGACUGAUAUAAGCCAUCACCAAAGGAGACAAAUCAAUAUACACUUUUUCAAAGAUGGUGAUCCCAAAAUGAAAACAGCGAUGGACAAUGCCCGUAUCUUGCAGAACUUUUUCAGAAGUUCACUGCAGCCACUCCAUUCAUGUGCACCUCUCUCUCUCCCUGCCUCCCUAGGUAGUCUGAAUGCUUUCCCUUACUAUAUCACUCAAAGAUCUCAGCCAUGUUCUUCUUCAAAACCAGAGGAUGAUAUCCUUUUCCAGUGGCGACUGCGGCGAAAGAUGGAGGAAGCGAGCCAGGCUGUUGCUGUGAUGCCCCCUCUAGCUUGGAGGAGUCCACAUAUCCAGCCAACCCGUGCUUCUAGCCUGGUAAGAGUUUGAGGUGAAUAGGUUUGCCAUUGUUCUGUGCUGUGUAGCUGCAAGGCAAAAGCCUUGGAAGCAGGGGAUGGAGCCAUGCUUUCAGUGCACAACAGGAUGGAGAAGCACAAUCAAUAGGCAGCGUGUGAUGCAUGAGAGGACCACAGCUCUUGCUACCUUGUUGUUGAGAGCUGAAGUGGAAGAAACCUUGCAAAGUUCAUGCACUGUUUCAGGCCACUUCAUCUUUAUAACUCCCAAGAUGCUUGUGGCUAUUCCACCUCACCCUACUUCAAUUGUUUUGGAGUUGAUGAGGUAAACAACUUUCCCAUCAUAGUAUUGAUCCUAUACAGUAUGGCAAAGCGUUCAGAGAGGAGUGGAUCUGCUUCUAAGCAUCUCACUACUCCAUCUCAGAAAGUCCAGUAGAUGCAGUCUGAGUCAUGUAUAUUUUUCAAUCGUUGUUCCCUGCAGGUAGAAAGAACGGCCCAGAAGCCAUCAGAACCUGCACGUUGGAAGAGUGAAGAUGGAAGAGUGCAGCCAACUUCGGAAACCGAGCUGCAUGUGAAAUCCACCCUCCAUGAUUAUCAUCCCUGCUGCCCCACAGACUCUGUGAAAAAUGGACCAUGCUCCAUGCAGCUCAUAGAAGCCGCUCCAUUCAGCAGUGGGAUUGUACUGGUUGGAAGUUCAGAACCAAAGGGAGAGCAAGGAGUGAAGGAAGUAACUCUGCAAGUGGAACAUGUCCCUGCAUACCGAGACUCUCCUCCCCUUGCAAGGCCUGCAGGAACCAACAAGCUUUUGGACCAGAGCACUUUGCAUCAGGAUCAACAGGCAGCCCGCCCUGUAGAGAGAGUGCACACUGAGCCCAGAGGGAACCAGAAGGCAUUCAGAACCGAGCAGGGCCAAGCCAAACCAGUCAGAGACUUCCGAGGGCCACCAGUCAGUCGCACAAAAGAUUCUAUUCAACACGUCUUGGGAGAGGUAUUAACAUAUGAUCUGGCAAUCUUUGUGGCUGUCAUCACAGUGUGAUGUAGAGGCCUAUCAUGCAGAAUAGUGAGCACUUGAGUCCGGAUGAUUUUUCUAGUCCUCAUGGUUGCAGGGACAAAUGUGAAUGCUUUUAUUGGCAGCUACUGCUAAAGAUUUAGGAAUAAGGACUAGGCUGAGGUUUCCAUUAAUCUCAGACAGGGCUCCUUGACUCAGUGCAGGCCCCUCCCCAGUUCUACCUAGACACUUUCUAUCCUUAACACUUUUCUUGCCCUCUGAUUCCCCCCCCUCCAAUGUGUUCCAGUUGCCCCCACUUCCUUUAUGGCUAACAAAAAUUUAAUGCUAAAUUGUGAAGUAUCCCCACAUUAUAUUUCACUGGAGCAGUGGUUUUCAAACUGUGUUCCAGGGAAGUUUAUGUGAGGCCCUUCAUGUGGGAGGCAGUGACGAUCAGUUCUGGCAGACAGAAAAUUCAUUUGAAAGACGGCUUAUUCAUCAUUAUUGACCUUCUGCAAAGCCGCUGGAGAGAAAACAAAUUCACAGGCUGUGCUGUGAAUUCAGACAGGAGUGACAGUGGGACCCAACAGGCCUGGCUAGUGGCCCAUGUGAAGUGUUUGCCCUAGUGCAUGCCUGUGGUGGGCUUGGUCAGGUGGGUGGAGGGACAUCCAUGGGAGCGAGAGACAAUGUAUUUAAAGCUGGAAGAGGAGUAUUUGUGCUCCUCUCUUUAUUGCAGGUAGUUUUUUUGUUCGUUCCUUCCACUUUCAUGGCAGCCUUCUAGGGAGGCUUCUUCCCCUUUGAAGGUGAAGGAGGAACAUCAUCAGCACCUGGAUUCCAGGAGCUGCAAAUGCAUGCACCACACACACAUCUCUUGCUCGGACUUGGUUUGCUCUUGGGUCCCUUUCUCUAGUGCUGCCCAAGCCUGAUUCUGGUCCCUCUUUCUCCCAUGGGAAACUUUAAUGCAUCCAGUUAUCAAACUUGGUUUAGCAGCCUGCUCCCCAACUGCUACCCUUCAGGCUAACCAGACUGUGUGGCCUGCUGUGACAUUAUCUCAAAGCACUGGAGGCUGCAGCCAGGUUGGUUCAGACAGCAGGCAAGCAUCAGGCCUUCUCUGCAUGGACAUCUUGGCAGAUGUUAAGGAGUUUCUCAGUAGGUAACGUGAUGUGGACCCCUUAAAGACCACCGUGCCAGAAAAAAAAGCACUUUCAGAAAGUUUAUGUAGAUAAAAUGUAAUCAAGUGGCACACUUACAGAUUUCCCAGUGGGUUGUGGGGAUGACUUUUCUAUAGAUAAAGAAGAUGAACCAUCAUCCAGCAGCUCCAUUUAGCUGCUUGGGGGUAUCUGAAAUGGGCUCUUCCACUUCUGGUUUCCUUCCCAGGAGGACAGGAGGAGAUUUAACUAGCUUUCUCUCUCAUCCAGGUGAUUGCCGAAAGACUUUUCUCCCCACCUGAUUCUCCACAUCCUCAUACGGACAAACCAAAAAGGAAUUCAAAGAGUCGAAGCCUGGACGAAGCUCGGCCAAGAGCUGUUUCUGCUCCCUCACACCCCCAGCUCCUGAACCUGGCUGCUCAGCUGCUGGAGCAGGCUGAAGGUGGGAUAGUUGAGGGAAUGGCAGAUAUGUGGAUUUCGUGGAGGGCUUUAAACAUUCAUGGUGGGGUCCAUUUCGUCCCACCCGCGCAAGCAUGUUCCUUUAGUUCCUGCCUGGCUUCACAUUUCAUAAACUCUGGACAGGAAACCUAGACCUGGAGUCUGGACCACUGAGUGGCCAUCACCGGCAAUGGGCGAUGAUGAUGCUCUGUUCAGUUUCCACUGGGCAAGCGUGAGCUUAAUUCCGAUUUUGCAACUAUUCUAAACACAUUGACCAAAUCAGUAAUGGGUGGAAUGGAAAUGGAGAUGUGGCUAGAGAAGGAACAGAAUAAGCAAGAGACAGGGUGUCUAAAGGUGCCUACACCAGUGAGGGUUUUUUAAAAUACAGACCUAGAACUACAGAUCUUGUGUGUCAUAGUGUUGGUGCUGUAACAGGAGCUAUUUGCCGCAUGCCUUUAGUCAAAGUACAGGCAUAGCCAGAGGCACAAUACAGGCACAGCCCAGAAGGAGAGAAAAGUGUGUGGGCUCUAUGGGAGGGGGUAAAAGGUGAAGAAGGCUGGAGAAAGAGGAGGGGAAUAUGUGGAAGCGGGAAUUGAGCAGGAGGAAUUGGUAAGUGCCUGGGAAGUGGGUUAUUUUACAGGUUUGCGCUGAUCGUUUGGUUCUAAGCAAAUAAACAACAGACAGCUUGGAACAUCCCUGCAGAUAUUUAUUGGAGAGCUCCAUCCACAGCCUUGACUGGUAGGAAAAGGAGAAAGCACUUAAAGUGGAGUUAAUUUUUCUGUUUUGCAGACUCGGAUGGCACAGAGUUUGAGGACGACCCCCUGUUACAGGUGCUAAGGGGCCAGAGGGAGUUGUUGCGCAGCCAGCUGAGGUGGGUCGCUGCUCAUUGCAAACUGUCCAGAGGCAUUCUCUCUUGGGAUGGCUGCUGUUUCAAAGUCUUUGCUAGCUGCUGAGAACGGUUGCCUUACGUUGCCUGAUGUCCUGUCAGGCUUUCCAUGCCCCUCUCCUUUGGCUUUGAAGCAUAAUGGAUACCUGAGAGCAGAUCGUUAGAAGUGUUGUCUCCUUUGUCGUCAUCCCUGAUGCCUUUGCAGUGUCAACACAUUCUCCGUAUGUGUCUUCUUCCCACCCACCCCAGCUUUAGAUGCAGCUCCUAUGAAAAGAGGUCGUUAGAAUUCAUAUUGUUUGAUACAUAUUCUUCCCUCCUUCAAAAGAGUUUAGGUGGUGUGUAUAGUUUUUCUCUCCACCCAUUCUGUCCCCACAACCAAUCCUGUGAGUUAGGCUGAGAAAUGAUGGCUGGCCCAAAGUCAUUUGGUGAGUUUUGUGGCUGGGUAGGAAUUUGAGCUGGAGUCUCUCUGGUCUUAGUGCAGUGUUGCAACCAUCACACCACACCAUCACUCCAUAAGGAUUUGUAAGAGGUUGCUUAUGUUUUAGCAUCAGGCAAGAACUCAAGGCUUUAUAGUUCUUAUUUCAUCCAGAUUUAAUCCUUCCCUAAAGUACAAUUCUUGGUAUGGACAGGAUAGUGGAUAUUCAGUGAUUCCAAGCAAUCACUUAAAUAAUAAUAAUAAAAGAGAGCACAGAAGUCAGCUUUUUUUGAUGGCCUGUAUUCAUUUUUGCAAUGUUUCUAGUCUUUACAGCUGUGACAACUGAAAGCAUGUAGGAAAUAAUCUAGUAAUCUCAAAAGUCAGAAGUGUGGCUUAUGUUUAUUUAUUUUUUUAGUGGAUUUAGGCAUCGCACAUGCCAUUUUGACACUUUUCAUAUGUGAGAGAAGCAGAAUAAAGUAUGCAGGAAAUAGAAUUUGCUUAAUUUAUGCACAUCUUAGAAUUUAUGAUAAGUUGGCGCUUUUUAGUGCAAAGGGCAUUUUGCUUUCAGCUAUGAGCGGUUGCUGAGUGCUGCCCCACUGCUCCAAACAAAUUGCAGCUGCCUGGUCUGAUGGGCAGUUUAUUCUGUGACAGUAUGCCUGUGUUGCUUUGGUCUCCAGCCCUUAAAGGUGGUAUGCAUUUCUACUCUGUUCCCUUGCAGAGCUGUGGAUGUCCGCGUAGCUCAGCUUGAAGGCUACCAUUCUGAUCAAGACUUAUCCCAUCGAUGACAGACGCCUGCACGAUCUUCUCUGCACCUUGAGUGUGGUUGAAGGCUCUCCGAUUCAUAAUUUGGGAUUACAGCAGUGGACUGGGUCCUGUGCUCCUUGCUCAGACACCUCUGGAUGACUUCAGCAACAGGGUUUGGGAGAGGUUCUUAUUUAUGCUAGCACCCUUCUGGUUUUGGCUGCGCUGCCUGUACCCAACAAGCUGGUGUGUUCAUCAAAGUCAACUGGGAGUGCAAAAUGACCAGGCACUGGUGUGUAGGGAUGUGCCUAAAGCAUAAACAGUGCCUUGUUUCCAUGGUUUCAUUGUGUAUUUUUGUGGUGAGAUUAAAAUAAAAAGUGUAUUUUUGGAUCAAAAUGAACUGUGAUGGUUUGCAGUAAGAUGACAUAACCUAUCCAGUACCUCCUGUCCAAUUAAAUGAUGGUUAAUGAAGUCUAAAACCAUUUGACUUGGAGAGGAGGCACUAGGCAAACAUUUUUAAUUUAUUUUAGCCACCUUUGGAAUGGAAAGGACGGAUGAACAAUCCCCAAAUAAAUACAUUUUAUUUUAU